CCAAAUGUAGUUCGAUCCAUCAGCAACCCAGAUAUUUUGGCAAUGAGACAGCAGACUCAGUUUCUCUGGGAGACGUAUUUCUCUUCAGUUGAUAAGAUAGUCAUGACCACAUUGGAGAUAGUAAAGGAUCGCAUCAGUCGGCACCUGUCGCGCGCGAGUCUACAGUGGAACCACACGCCGGGCGGCCUGGUCUCAUUGCCGCAGUACUCCGAGAAUCUGCAAGAUUUCCCCUUCUAUUUAAAUGCCUUCAAUUUGCAUCCAUCCAGUGCUUUCACAGCUGUGAUCUAUGCGACCAGCCCUAUUGUGACAGCGUCGUCAGCUAUCUACAAGUUAAUGAAGAAUGUAGUCAGUUCUCAACAUGUAGAUAAGGUUGUGGUGAUAUGGGUAAGCGACAAGAGCCCUCCGUUGAAGAACAAGUGGCCUUCCACCAGCGUGCCAAUCAUCGUCAUUAAGCCCCAGAAUAAGACGAUCAACUCGAGGUUCUACCCGCACGUGGCCAUACAGACGGACGCCGUGCUAGGCUUGGAUGAGGACGUACUUCUCACCACCAGCGAGGUGAACUUCGCCUUCAGCGUGUGGAAGUCGUUUCCGGAACGCAUCGUCGGCUACGCUGCGCGCAACCAUUACUGGGACGACUACAACAACCGCUGGGGCUACACGAGCAAGAUGACCAACGACUACUCGAUGGUACUCACCGGCGCUGCUUUUUAUCAUAGGUAUUAUCCUUAUCUCUUCACGCACCACCUCACACCGGAGCUGCAUAGCUUCGUCGGCAACCUGAGCAACUGUGAGGACAUCCUGAUGAACUUUCUAGUCAGCCACGUGACGAAGCUGCCGCCGAUCAAGCUGAGUCAGCGGCGGCAGUACAGGGAGGCGCCGGCGGCCGACGGUCGCGCCACCUGGUCGGAGCUGCGCCGCUUCGCCGAGCGGCAGACAUGCUUCAACACGUUCGCGGACGCGUUCGGCGGCGUGCCGCUGGCGCGCUCUGGCACGCGCUUCGACCCGGUGCUCUUCAGGGACCCCGUCGCAAAUUUCCGCAAGAAGUACCGACAGAUGGAGCUGGUGAACAGUUAGCGAGCGCCCGGCGGCUGAGCCAGAGAGAGAGAGAUGAGGUGUGCUGCCAUCUGGCGGCGGUAGUAAGAAUUCGGGGUGGGCGUUGAAGAGUAAGGGGCAGAGAGAGAGUGAGAGAAGUAUGAGAGAGAAGGGGUGAUGGGCAGAAAUAUGUCACAGCUAGGUGGCUAGCUAGGCCCACGCCGUCAGUCUGAUAUGCCUUCCAGUCUGAGGAAUAGCCAUAAUUACUUUAUUAAUGGCCCUUCAUAGCGCCACACAAGUGGGGUGCUGUGGGCUUAACUGGCUGCACUACUGCUGACUGGAAGGAAUGCUUGGCCAUGGUGUAGGAAUGUCUGAACAGUGACCCAAGCUUAGCCGACAUUCAAUAACGUCCUUAUGCAUACAUAGCUGAUUUAUCAUAGACGUGUAAACAUUCCACAAGGUUGUGUCUCGUGUUAGUCUGCCUGUUAGAUUUAUUUUGCGUUAGGACGCGGGUGGGGGACGGCUAAACUGUGUUUGUCGCUGCUGAUUGCGCAAACAUUCGUGUUGUUCUACCCCGGAUUUUUUGUACUUCCGCCGUGGAUGCCAGAUGGUGAGCCGGCGAGCAUCGCUCAAAGGCACAUGGCGCCACCAUGUUGGAUCAUCGAGCCGCCAUGUUAGAUCAUCAAGCCGCCAUGUUGGAUCAUGCAGCCGCCAUAUUGGCGUUCUAUGUGUUGGCAGGAUCGCUGCGCUGCCAUCACCGUGACCAAGAGUUGUUUACACACGUCCUGCGGCGUACUGGGUGGUGAACCUCAUUGACCGCGCACAGCUUGCUGGCGAGGCCUGACAAAUUCCUAGCUGCGGGUGAUCCCCGGGGCUGUGACACCAAGAAAUCAUCAGGUGUCGAUAGAUGGUGUCUCGCGUUCGUCGGUCAUACGGUGUCGCGGUCGACAUCUACACGCACCCGCACUUUGUACUGUAAUUUACAUAGCUCCGCCCAUAUCCCUCUCUAUAUACAUAUAUACAUAAUAUCAACAUUAUAAUUUGCGUAUUGUCGUACUUAUGCAAGAUCCAGUUGGUGGUGGUGGCGCGCGUGGGGGGAGGGUAGUGAGGGGGUAGGGGUGUUGAUCCACGUGAACCGGUAAGUGUGUGUGCGCGUGGCGACUCAUCCGUUUACAGUCUUUCACACGGAGGCGUUGUAAUCUAGUACUAGUACUACGUAAUACUCAUCGCAAUGCUAUACCGGUGUUACCUUCAGAAUGGCACAGCUUCGAGGGACGUAGAGGGUUGGCAGUGAGUUAUCGCAAGUUACGCGUGUAUGGUUCGGUUAUAUUUGCACUACGACUGUUACCGCAGAGGCAUGUGUGGGCUUCGCGUCGUCCGUGGCUGCGCUACAGCAUUUCUCUUGUCAAAAACUCAAUGGAGCGCGAACCUAUUAGUCGAUGUGAUGUGGCGCAGAUUUAUCUUUUAAUUUCGCUGCACUCGUCUUUUCACACGCACAAGUCGCAGAGAUAGAGCGAGGGAGAAAGAGAGAGGGGGGGGGGGAGAGAGAGCGCGAGCAAGAGAGUGAGAGGCGAGAGAGGGGGAGUGAGAGAUAGAGAGAGAGAGAGAGAAAAAGAGCAAGAGAAAUCUUCUAGACAAUUCUCUGGACAGAAUGCUAGAAGACCGUCACUUAAGAUUUCAUUUCCGCGCCAUUCACUGUCGUGGGAUCUGUGCGGCACUCAGCGAAAUGAAAGCUGACCUUUUUCACGUUUCCACCGUUUUCCGUCUAAGUCCUAAUUCUAAAGGAUUCUGAAUGCUGUCACGCGGGCGUGCGCACUACGCGUAAAUAUCAGUGUGGACGAGUUUGCUCGACAGCCGGAACUACCAACGCUCAUUCUACGUACCAAUUACCGUUCUAAGAGGGAAAUUCCUCGCGGGAAACUGCAUUUGAGUUUGCACUCUCAUUACACGUCACUUUUCCCCGCACCGCGUUUUCUAUAUAUACGGAGUAAUGAUUUUACUCCCCAGAGAAAUCGGAGCGCUCACCCCCCCCCCUCCCCCCAACCUUCGUACUUGCUUGGGUAGAAAUGAUUACCGUUGUGUAAUUAUAGCUGCUGGUUACAGCGACUCCUCGCCACAGAUCUCAGCGCUGCCACGUCGGCGAUGUCGUUGCCCGUGAUGUCUUGCGAAUGUUCUAUACGCUGUAGAAAUAAGAAAAUGUUGGAAAGCUGCAGGUGUUGAUCGACCGGGCGGGGGCGCAAGCCAGCCAGCACCGCUGGUUGUUUGGCACGAUCCAGGUUGUGUGUUUUAUUACCCGUAGGCGCUUGUAAUACGCGUUAACGUUUGCGUGCGAAUGAAAUCCUCGGGCGUCGUGGUUUUUUAUUCGGGCCGAGAUUAACGUGAUGAUGAUUUACCGCUAUAAGCUCGCAGCUGACGCUCGCCGGAGCUUCUCAGUGUAAGCGUACCGACCGUCGCCAUUUACUUCCCAGAUGCGGCAACGAACGUGUGUGCACGUGGAAGGCUCUUCUGCUGCGGGCAUGAACAGUGACCACAUAGAUAUUGUUGUGUUUAUACGAACGUAGCUGCCAUGAGUUUUUGAUGCGGUCUUCUUUCUGCACGCUAGUGAAAACAUGCGAGCAUCGUAUCAGGAGUGUAUCGUAUAGAUAUCUAUAUUAUAUACGUAUCACUGGAUACAUUUCAAGAUGGUUUGAGCCGCCUACGACAGUGAUACUUAAUGUCCUCGCUGGGCAGGUGUAAAUUAUCCGAGCACGGUACUAAAGAAUAUUACAUAGAUGAGUCAUUUAAUACUUGUGGUGGACACCGUGAUCGAUUGCUACUAGGUUCGAUCUCAGCUGCUAUAUAGUCCACCUACUCUGUUGAAUAGGAUGUCACUACGGUUUAACACAUGUACAUGUUGUAAUUGUCUAUCGCCAGAGAGAGUAUAAUUGCGUACAUCGAACAUAGCCACAGUUUAGUGGCUAUAUUUAUGAAUUUGCUAACAACAGUUUCAAUCAGCUGGGAGUGGCGCCGGAAUUUGAUAUUACAAUAUGCCUCGUAGCCGAGUGUGCUUGAGCAUUAAUUCUACUGUUGUCUGUACCACGGUGUCUGGCACGUUUAAGGUUUUCAUCCGUGUGCUGUAAUGCACAUUAUUCUAUUCUAUUCUAUGCUGUUCAUCGCAGUCAAUAUUGUACAUCGUAUCGUGAGUGUGUGCGUGUAUGUAUGUAUGUUUGUGUAUGACUGCGGGAGCGUGUGCGUGUAUGUAUGGUUGUGUGUGACUCUGCGGGGGCGUGUGCGCAUUAGUGUGAAAAUGUUUGACUGAGCGCAUUUGCAUCCUUUAUCUUUAUUCGAAAUAAUGGUAGUUUGUAUCUGAGAGAGCGCGAGAGGAUGAGAGCGAGAGCGAGAGAGAGAGAGAGAGAGAGAGAGAGAGAGAGAGAGAGAGAGAGCGAAAGAGGGGGAGAGAGAGAAGUAAGUGGGAGAUAAAAAGAGAUGUGAAUGGGUGAGGUACACUGGUGAGUGAAGUCGAGGAGACACCGGUUGUACGCUUUGUGAGAGUCGGUGAUACGAGAAGUGUUGUCAUUAUUGGAUUCUCCGUGUGGCAUAGUCAAGGGAGAAUGUGAGAGAGCAAUCGAGCGAGCGAGCGAGCGAGAGAUAGAUAGAUAGAGAGAGAGAGAGAGAGAGAGAGA